CCUCGGUGCACCGUACUACCUCACCAUGGCCUCGACUGCCUUCACAGACGACUUUACCUCGAACCACGGCGGCCUGUGCUUCUUCGUCGACGUCGACCCCGCCUUCGACCACCAGGUCUCCGAGGCCGCCACCGUCCUCGCCCGCUCCCGGCCAGAGGGCGACCGCGCCGCCUUCAUCCAGGACCUCGUCGACCAGGCCACCACUGCCCUCCCUCCCGCACCCGAGCCCACCCAGCGCGACCACGACGACGACGACGACGACGACGACGAGCCCGCAAAGGCCCAGGACACGCCCGAGUCGCGCAGCGCAAAGCGCCAGGUCGUCGCCCACCUCGUCCAGGCUCUCGACGGCCACCGCCUCGAGGCCUCGUCCGACAAGGAGUUCGAGGGCCUCGCCAAUCUCGUCCUCGCCCUCGUCCUGUCGCACUACACCCCGGCCGACACCGAGUACAACUCGCUCCUCUCGACCCUCGCCGACGCCCUCACCACCACCACCACCACCACCUCGUCCCCCUCUUCGUCCACCCCGGCAAAGGCCUCGGCCGCACCCUCGCUCGCCGCGCGCUACGCGUCCCUCGCCACCCUCUUCAACGCGCUCCCGACCGAGGGCGCCGCCGACCUGCGCCUCUCGCUCCUCCUCAAGCUCGUCGCGUUCGCCGCCGCCAACGACGACCUGAGCGUCGUCGCCCCCGCGCUCGCCAAGCUCGAGCACUGGCUCGCCGAGUGGAACCUCGGCGCCGACAAGAGCGACGCCGCCGUGCGCGACGUCGUCGCCCACCUCGUCGCCCACGGCCACGCCAAGCAGGCGCGUGAGCUCCUCGCGUCGCACCUCGCCGCGUCCAAGGACCACCAGUCGAGCGUCGCGCCCGAGCUCGCAGCGACCCUCGUCGCCCUGUCGCUCGCCGCACCCGACGUGUACGACUUCCACGCCCUGACGCCCGCGCGCGUCCCGGCCCUCGCGUCCCUCCCCUCGUCCCUCUCGACCCUCCUCUCGCGCUUCCAGGCCUCGUCGUCGUCCUCCUCGCCCUCGUACCCGUCCAACAUCCCGCAAGACGCCCUCGAGGCCGUUCCCGGCGUCCCGCUCAGCAAGGCCCAGCUCGAGCACAAGCUGCGCCUCGUUCAGCUCGCCGACCUGUGCGCCGAGCGCGUCGGCCAGACCGUGUCGUACGACGAGAUUGCCAAGGCGUGCGGCGUCGAGGCGCAGAAGGGCAGCGAGGAGGAGAGCGAGGAGGUCGAGGGCUGGGUCAUCGACGCCAUCCGCGCCUCGCUCCUCCUCGGCCGCCUCUCGCAGCCCUCGCGCACCCUGUCCGUCUCGCGCGCGUCCCCGGUCCAGGCCUUUACGCCCCAGCACUGGGCCACGGUCCAGCAGCGCCUCGAGGGCUGGAAGGUGAGCCUCGGGCGCGUGCGCGCGAGCGUCGACCGGGCGCUCGGCGUCAGCUCGGGCGCCGGCGCGGCAGAGGUCGUCGGCGACAGGCGUCGUGGCGGCGAGCAGCAGCACGACGACGAGCAGUAGGUGGGUCAUCGGCGAGACGACGCGAGAGUGUGCGUGCGUGUAGACGGCUCCCCUCUUCUCCUUUUCCAUGUGUUUCCCCUCUUCUUCGACAUGUGCAACGCAAAAACGGCUCGAUUGCCCCAAA